GAUCCCACUCGUCUUCUUCACCUUCAAAGCUCUCGUCCUCCCUCGCUCCCUUCUCUCCUCUCCUCUCCUCUCCGCGCAUCUCUUACUCUUUCCUUUCAUCUGUCUCUCCGUCUCUCCUCCUCCUCCUCCUCCUCCUCCUCUCUUCCACUGAGCGGCGGAGGCAGACUCACUCCGCUCAGCAACAACUCGCAUGAAAGUGAGGACGUCUCCUUUUCUUUCCCGCCUCCUUAUUUUUAUUUUUGUUAUUUCUUUACAUUUAAUCUGCACUUUUUCCUCCUUUGUGUUUGUAUUUAUUUAUCUUUAUUUUUUUUUUUGUGCUGUGCAGCAGCGUGAGGGCACCAUGCAUCCCAAAUAGGGUUUUCCAUCCUUCCUCUCCCAACUCGAGCACCUUUUUCUUUUCUUUCUCUUUUCUUUUCUUGGUUGCAUGUGAAUGGAAAUAAAUAAAAAGGGAAUCGUGCAGCUUUUAUACAGAUGUCAACCUCUGGGCUCCGAAGCAAAAGGACAUUUUAAGCCUCAAAUGCAGAGGAGUUUAAAACCAUGUGGAUCGUACCGUCGUGCGUUUAACCGGGAUGGACUUAUCGGACGUGCUGGCGCCCGUGGUGGCCACCAUGCCGACCGCUCUGCCGCCAAACUCCUCUCUGGAGAACCAAACGUCGCCCUCGUCCCCUUCCUCCUCCUCCUCCUCCUCCUCGUCCUCCUCCUCCUCCUCCCCCAGACCUCCUCCCCUGCCCCCCCACUCUCAGGUGGCGUCGGUGUUCAUCGUGCUGGUGGUCGCCGUCAUCAUCCUGGGGACGGUGGUGGGCAACGUGCUGGUGGUGGUGGCGGUGUUCACCAGCCGGGCUCUCAGGGCGCCUCAGAACCUGUUCCUGGUGUCUCUGGCGUCGGCCGACAUCCUGGUGGCCACGCUGGUCAUCCCCUUCUCUCUGGCCAAUGAGGUCAUGGGCUACUGGUACUUUGGUUCCACCUGGUGCUCCUUCUACCUGGCUCUGGACGUCCUCUUCUGCACCUCCUCCAUCGUGCACCUCUGCGCCAUCAGCCUCGACCGCUACUGGUCCGUCACCAAGGCGGUGAGCUACAACCGCAAGCGGACGCCCAAGCGGAUCAAGGCGAUGAUCAGCGUCGUGUGGCUCAUAUCGAUCGUCAUCUCGUCCCCGCCGCUGCUCAUGACUCAGAAAGAGAAGAACGCGGACGAGGACGAGGGCGACGCGGCGCCCAUGCAGGAGUGUCUCCUCAACAACCAGACGUGGUACAUCCUGUCCUCCUGCCUCGUGUCCUUCUUCGCCCCGGGCGUCAUCAUGAUCCUGGUGUACUGCAAGAUCUACCGCGUGGCCAAGCAGCGAGCGUCCACCGUGUUCGUGGCCAAGAACGUGAUGGAGCGGCAGCCGUCGCAGUCCGAGACCUGUUUCGUGGGCUCCGCCAGGACCUGCCCCAGGAAGGGGGCGUCGGCCCAGUACGAGCUGGAGAGCCCGCGGCCGGGGAACCGCCGCUGCUCCUCCAACGUGGACAGCAGCAGCAGCAACCACCGGAGAGGAGAGCUGGACGACAUCGACCUGGAGGAGAGGAGCUGCGAGGCCGACGUGAAGACCUCCUCCUCGUUCUCGUCGUCGCUCCGCUUCCCCAGGAGAGUCGGCGGGAGGGUGAAGACAGAGGAGGGGAAGGACGCCGAGGGGGCGACAAACAGACUGAAGCCUCCUCCUCUUGCUCUUCCUCCUUCUUCUUCUUCCUGCGCCUCCAUAUCUUGGGCGUCGUCCGACCACUGCUCCCACCACUUCCUCCUCCCGUCCCCGCUGCCUCUCCGCAACAGGCAGAUGUCUCUGUCGAAAAACAAAGUGGCGCAGAUGAGGGAGAAGCGCUUCACGUUCGUGCUGGCGGUGGUGAUGGGGGUGUUCGUGCUCUGCUGGUUCCCGUUCUUCUUCACCUACAGCCUCCACGCCGUCUGCAGGGAGAACUGCGUCAUCCCCGACUCGCUCUUCAACCUCUUUUUCUGGAUCGGAUACUGCAACAGCUGCCUGAACCCCAUCAUAUACACUAUUUUUAACCGAGACUUUCGCAGAGCCUUCAAGAAGAUUUUAUUCCAGCCCCACAAACGCACAUAGGCACGCCGAUCAGGCAUAACAUUAUGACCACCGACAGGAGAAGUGAAUAACGUUGAACCAUCUUGUGACAGUUCAAUGUUCUGCUGGGAAACUUUUGGACCUGACAUUCAUUCAUUCAUUCAUGUGGAUGUUACUUAGAAAUGUAGCACCCACCAUAGAAAUGACACUCUUUGAUGGCAGUAGCCAUCUUCACACACAAAAACACUUUAGGAACAACCCAAAAAAACACGAAGAACAGCAAAAGCUGUUGACCUUGCCUCAAAAUUCACCCAAUCACAAACUGAUCAAGUAUCUGUGGGAUGAUCCACAGAGACCCCUCCCCUCAAAGCCCCCCCCCCCACUAACAACAACAAAACAUGUCCAUCCUCUAAUGAGUCACAACCAUUUUUAAGGCACAAGGAGGAGACCAACACAACAACGAUUAGGAAAGUGGUCAUAAUGUUAUGCCUGAUCAGUGUAUGUGUGUGCUAUGAAAAAAUAAAAAAAACGACAAAAAAAAAAAAAAACAGACACACAAAAUGUGCGCGCACAAUUUUAAUCCUGUUUUCCACUGUGCUGUCAGAUCGACAUUAAAGGGCUUGUCAUACAGCCGGAGUAUUGAUUCAUUAUUCAGCUUCCCACUAAUUUAUUAAAUAAUCACUUUCUAUUCUUGUAUCAACACACCAGAGGAGGAUGAUUAUGACACGCUGAGGCUGUGGAGGCAGGUGUUUUUAACGCCAGCUUCCUUCCUUGAUGCAAUAACCAGUUGGACGUUGCAGUCGGGGCCGAGGCUCAGCUCCGAUGUUAAUUAGAGGAAACCGGCCGCGGGGCAGAGAUCUGUGCUCCCAUGGACUUUGGAGAUGUCUUCACACUGUAGCAAGCAGCAGCUGCAAUUCUUAUAGUGACAGGGACAAUACUAUAGGGAACUGAGAAAAAAAAUAAAAAAAUCAUAAUAAAAACGUCUGCACUUUGAAUAACACACAAAGUGCUUUAAGUGAAUUCCUUCGCCUGAGAGUAAUUAAACACCAGCGCCUAAAGUUUAAGUUCCAGUUAAAGACUUAAGGAACCGAAAAAAGGA